CAGCUAUAUAGUGCAACGUGUACCAAACUGUUUUGACUAUUCUUAGAAGUCUGGCUGGGUUGUUUUCCUUUUAUGCUUUAGAACCACAGGAAGCUCCUGCAUUCUUGUCCGUCGGUAAAUAUGGAGAGGGCUCUUUUCUUUGUGAUUUGUGCACUUGUUGUAAACAGCUGUGUUUGUGCGACCACCACUGGGAGAGACAGACCAAAGCCGCAUGAAGAAAAGCUAUCGGAAAAGGAGGGCACAGAAUACGACCAUGAGGCUUUCCUCGGAGACAUGAAGGAAGAAUACGACGACCUUCCUCCUGAAGAAGCUAAAAAGCGCUUGAGAAUUCUGGUCAAACGUUUAGAUACCGAUAAAGAUGGCUUUGUUUCAGAGGAGGAGCUCACCAACUGGGUAAAAGCUGUCUUCCGCAAACGCUUGAUGGAUGGAAUAGAAGAUGAUGUCAAGGCAAAAGAUACCGAUAAAGACGGGAAGGUGUCGUGGGACGAAUACCAGAAAGAAUCGUAUGGCGCUGAGGAGAUAGAAGAUCCAGAUAAUGAAGAAACCAAAAAAAUGCUGCAAAAUGACAAAAGGCGAUUCGACGUUGCGGACAAGAACAAAGACGGAGGUCUGAGUAAAGAAGAGUUUGUUAACUUCAUGCAUCCUGAAUCAUCGCCAGAAAUGGGAGACGUUCAUGUCAUAGAAACUAUUGAAGGUGAGUUCUUGGUUACAAGAAAAUUUAAGAUAUUUUUAUCCAUAUUGAGAAUUUUACUUCAUAAGUAUUGCUGCUUCUGUAGAUUACUUUUUUAAAAAAGAAAUCGUGUCAAACCGAUUUGUUCUUGUAACAGUUUUCUUAGUUUCAUUCAAUGAACAAGUUAAGUCGUGAUUGUUUUGCGAAAUCCAAUUAUGCUUGAAAUAUGGAAUAAUGCGUUAUCUCAUUAAAUUAGCAUUUGUGGCACUGGAAUCAUUAUACUUUCAAAUCAGUGAAACAAUAGUCACACAUUGUACCGUUUUUGUUUUCACUUUGAUUAGACGGCCUAGUAGGUGAGUUUUUGUUGGAAUUAUGCCAAGGAGUCUCUUAAUUAUGAUAUUUAUUAAAAAUACUUUCUUUGAGCAAAUAAUAAAAAAAAAAAAAUUCAGCCAUUAGUGGUGAAAAAGAUAGUCUGUCUCCAGUAUCCAUGGUUUUGUUUGGGAUAAGCUAGCCUUUCAAAAUAAUUUAAUGGAAAUUAAAUAUUUAAAGAACUUGACAGGAUGUAAAAAUAAUAUCAAUAUCCAAUAACCUUGAUAUUUGAUCAGCCAUUUUUACUUGGGGGCUGAUAAAAUACAUUUUUUCAAUUUAUGACUCAAACACUUUAUUUGACUUUCAGUGGGAUAGCUUAUUGCUAUUUUUUCCAUUUGCUUUGUCUUUUUUUUCUUUCUUCCUAUUUUGAUCUGUAAUGUUGCAAAAAGUUUCAAUUUUUGAUUUUUAAAGAUUAAUUUGAGCAUAACCUGAUCAUAUGUGGUAAUUACAGGGAACCAGUAAACGUUAUCAUGGAUAGUUUAGUAUUUUCCCAGUUCUUAAUCUAAUAUGUAAUCCUUUCACCACCCUGUUUUUAUAACAAGUUUCAAAAGUAACCAAGAGGGAAUUUUUUUAUGUGUGUGGGGAUAUUUUUAGCAUUUAUAGCAGCUUUGGACAAGGUUGGACAAUAAUAUUUUAUUGUUUCAUCCCUGCUAUGAAAAAGAGAAAACUUCUUUCCUAAAGAAAAGAAGCUAAACAAGCCCUGGCCUACAAUAAUAUUACAAAUAUAUACAGUACAACCAGCAACAAGAUAGUUGAGACACUUAUCCCCAACAGUCUUUUACCCAGACAUUGAAAACUGACCGUCCAGAAGGCAUAAAAUUAUAAGACAUUAAGUGAAUUUUCCGUCUGUUUCUUCCAGAAAUGGACGUCCCUAGGAUGGCUGGAUACUCUUCUGGCUAAAACCUUGAUCCCCAAUAUGUUCCAUAUUUAACUGAUACCUUCCUCUUCAAAUAGGACAAAGCAAGCCUUCCCUCUCCCAUUCCCUGUAGAAGGGUUUUACCAUUGAUCAAGUUACCUGCAGGAAAAGCUUUAGUGAAAAGGGGGUUGGGGACGGGUGCAAAGGAGCAUGAAGGGGUCCAGAUUGGAUUUUUUCUGCUACAUACCGUUAUUUCAUCUGUUUGUCGAAAGAGUCCAUUAUUGUAGUAAUGCUUCCAUAACUUCUUCUCGCCUUUCCAGAUAUUGAUAAUAAUAAGGAUGGCUAUGUUAGCUUGGAUGAAUUCUUGGGUGAUUAUCGUGAUCCUGAUGACAAUGAGGCUGAUGAACCAGAAUGGGUCAAGGAGGAAACAAAGAAAUUUAAGGAUGAAUAUGACAAGAAUCAUGAUGGAAAACUUGACAAGGAUGAGGUGGGUAAAUGCCUACUUUGCACUUAAAUGAGCAUCUGAUCAAAUAGGGAAAUAGCUGCGAUAAAUAAAGACUAUCCAACCAUUUGUGUAUGUAAAAUCAGGAUAUUUUUCUAAUUAUCAAUGAAUCUUGUAAGUGUAGAAGAUGUGAGCUACUAGGGGGGUCUGAUGGCAUGCUUACUCAGCAAAUUUGGAAAUGUUGAUGCUUCAGAACACCAUUUCUAGUGUUCUGAGAGGACAAUAUAUGUCUAAAAUGUCCGCAAAAUUGAUUGUCAAUUUUAUGCUUAUUUUUAUUUGCGUGAUGUUAUUUUAAAUUUUGUGCAGUUUUUAAAAGUAUUUAAUCAAGGUUUUUCCAGUCAAAGCCCUUAAAUGAGAACUUCUUGUAAACGACCACCUCUCAUAAGCGGCUUCAACCACUUUUUGGCCUGACAGCUUUAACAGUUUUCCAUAGUUUUUAACCCCUUGUAAGCGACCACUUGACUUAUGGUUUACUAUUUCGUUUCCAGUUAGUACUAGGCUACUCAGAGUAUACGAAGAAUCUUAAAUGACAAUAAUAGAAUAUAGCAUUAUGAGAUCCGUUUCUUGAAAGAGACCCCUUACGGUUGGAUUCUCGUAAGUGACCACCUCCUGCACUGUUGUCACUAAGAUUUCAAGUUGCCGGGUAAAUACAACAAGUAGGCGGGGAAUCAAAUGGCUAGGGAUUUCUUUUGGUUCUAUUUUGCUUCUAUUUUCCGAUAAAAGUAGCUGGGGGCCACUCUCUUUGUAGCCGGGGAAAAUCCCCGGCCCCCGGCUCUUAAUGACAACCCUGCUCCACCUGUAGGCAACCACUAAAUCUUCUCAAUUUGUUAGGUUGCUUAUGGGUGGUUGUAAUGUAAUAAUACUACAAAUAAGUAACAUAUUUUACAUGUAAACUUCGUAGGUCAAACUUUGGAUUCUUCCCGAGACUGACCAGAUGAUGGCCCAAGAAGAAGCGCAGCAUCUGAUUACGUCAGCUGAUGAUGAUAAAGAUGGAAAACUUAGUGAGGAGGAGAUUGUGACAAAUCAUGAAACAUUUGUUGGAAGUGAAGCCACCGAUUAUGGCCGUGCUUUACCCAAACAUGAAGAGCUAUAGGUUUUAAUAAAGGUUUUGAUACUUUUAUAUGCAAAACUCAUCUGUUUGUCCAAGAUAUGUUAGUAAAUUAUAAAAUGUGCUGGUAAUAUAUACUUUCAAUCUCAAAAUCUUGUAAUUCUCGUUAGAAAUAAUAUUCCAAAGAGCAAUUUUUUUUCCCUUUGAGUACAUGUAACAAGUGCUGUGAGUAGAAGAUUAGAGUCUUGCAUCCAACUCCAACAUACUUGCCUUCUCUUAUAACAGUAAUAAUCAUUACUUCAUCACUAUUGAUAUAGAAAGAUCCCUGCAGAUGUUCCAGAGAUAAUGAUUUUUGAUCUGUACUGAACAGACUCUUUGCCAAUGAGGUCAAUUUUUAUAGUUUUAUUAAAAGAAAAGCUGACCAAAAAUGUGGUUGUGAAUUUUUAAGAUGUAAAUUGGAUACAGUGUAUUUGUUAGUGUUGGUUAUGAUCAUCACUGUCGUAGGUCAUCAACUUGUGCACCAAAGUGUUAAAUACAAAAAUUCAGGGUUGACCAAUUAGGUUCUUUUGUGGGCUGCAAAAGUUUCUAGGCCACCAGAUCACUGCAAAAACUGUUAUUGUUAAUCCAUAGUUCAUGCAUCUGGUUAGAGCGAUUCUCGUAUGACCUUGAAAAAUGGUUUCGGUAAGUGUUCGUUAUUUGUUUUAUUAGCCAAUGGAUGAAAAGAUAAAAAUUUUGCCUCUUCUUUUUCCCGCCAGAGAAAACCCUAACAUAGAGCAGGCAUUGUGCGAUUGGCCAAUCGUGUUGCAGUAUGACAUGAAAGCAAAGUAUCGAUUGAUUUCUAGAAAGUUCUUGGGCAUGAAGUUUUUUCAGCCAAGUAUUCGCUUAACCAACCAAAAGCCACACGUGUUUGUAUCCGUUCAAUAAACCAAUCAAAUCACUCCAUUUCCAUUUGUUUAUUGUUUCUGUUUUGUUUGCGUGUUUUCAUUUCAAGGUCAAUUAUGAAAAUCGCUCUAUUUCACUAUCAACACUCAUCUUCACUCUCUGUUUAUCAUUCCCAGUCCCUCUCCCCUGUUGGCAUCAACGAGGGAAAUGUGUAACAGAUGCACGCUGGAGAGAUGGGAAGGAAGAAGAUAGUGAGACCUUCUCUUUCCAUCCUUCUCAUCAUCCUUUUUGUUGAGUGGCCUCCUAUUCUCCUCAGCGGCAAUUUCUCUGUCACAUACAAAUAAGAGACGACUGGGACAAGUUAGUAGUUGAUUAUGAUCUUCUAGUAAUUAGAGUGGCAUAGACUAAAAGCAUUCUAGGAAUGCAUAGGUACAGGCAAGAGUAUGACCAUCUCUUGGCAUGCUGUUAUUAGCUUUGUCUCUUUCACAAUAGCCUCCCACACAGACUUUUUUGCGGCUUUGUCAUGCGUUCUUUUUUCAUUGCAUUUUUUUACUGUUGUCACAAUUGUUUUCCCUGCCACAAAGCAUUGUGUGACGAGCUAAGACAACGUCUACGUUAAGGCUACCUUCAUAGCUGUUUUUAGGGCUGUCACACAACCCUGGAAAGAGCUGCAAAGGAGACCAUAGUUUUUGUAGCUAAGCAGGAAAAUUCUUGCCACUUUUUUCAUGACUGUAGACCAUCUUAGACAAUCAGAUGGGAUAUUUAUGAUAUUGAUAAAACUGAUAGAGGGUGUUUGUUCACGUGUUUCAUCGGAUUCGAGUUUGAAAUAAACUUCCAGGAUGUUUUAAGAUAUGUUACCUGGUCCCCCUCUUUAUUGCAACAUCGUUAAUAUUACCCCCUAAAUUAAUGUCAGAUGCAAAUUAUUUUUCGAUAGUUUGCAACAUUUAACUCUCAAACUUGGCAAAUUGUUCUCACUUCAAGGCGGAAUUUCAUCCGUGUCAACCGGUUUUCGCAAACUGGUCCAUGUAAUGU